CCCACAAUCCUUUGCGUUUUCAAAAUGGCGUCCCACAUAGCCACUUGACUUGGGUCAACGAAACCAAGACGCAGCCGAAGAGAAAGAGAAACAACACCUGACACAGGAGGAUGAAACUGUUGCUGGCGGCUUUGAAACACAUCCACAAACCAGCCGCCUCCUGCCGGCAGCAGCUUCGCCGGAGCAGCGGCGGCCUUUCCGCUCUCGGAGAGGAGGCUGCGGUCGUGGGGUCGAGCCGGGAGCUGGUGCGGAGGCUCGGCUCCCGGGUGGAGGUGAGGACGGGCUUCAUCAGCGAGGAGGAGGAGGCCGCUCUUUUGCUGGAGCUGGAGCCGGGACUGAAGAAGAAACGCUACGAGUUCGACCACUGGGACGAUGCGAUUCAUGGGUACAGAGAGACGGAGCGUGUGAGGUGGGGGGCAGCCUGCGAGGAGAUCCUGAACCGCGUCCGAUCCGAGGCGUUUCCAGAAGGUAGUUCACUCCUCGGCCCCGUGCACGUUUUAGAUUUGGACAAAACCGGCUUCAUCAAGCCCCACAUCGACAGCGUCAAGUUCUGCGGCAGCACCAUUGCCGGGCUGAGUCUUCUGUCAGACAGCAUCAUGCGCUUAGUGAAGGAGAAUGAUUCCAGUGAAUGGCUGGACCUGCUGCUGUCCCGGCGCUCCCUCUACAUACUGAGAGACGAGGCCCGAUACGACUUCACUCACGAGAUCCUGAAAGACGAGGAGUCUGUGUUCAACGGACAGCGAGUGCCUCGGGAUCGUCGCAUCUCCGUCAUCUGCAGGAACCUCCCGGGAUAACGUCCAGUUCAACUCAGCUUGGAUGUUAACAGAAGAUGAAUCAAACGUAGAGGAUUGUGUCAGUGAUCUCCAUUGAGAUAAUUAAGGCCAACAUCCUUAAAGAGUUUUAUUGUUGUCAUAUUGAUGAAGCGUCCAAGACGUUUGUUGCACUUGACGUGAUUGAUUGAUUCGCUGAUUGGAUUUCUGGGGCAGAUACCAGUUUUUAGCAAGAAGAAGCGUCUAAUAGUGAUUAUUUUCAUAUAUGUAGAGAAUAGAUGUGAUGAGCAUGGUUGACGGAUAUGUUGUCAAUAACACCUACAGGAUUUGUGAACAGCAGUUUUGGAGCUCAGUGUGGUGUCUCGGCAGUACCUGACUCCACCUAAUUCUACGUUAGUUCAAAAGGAGCUGAGACGAGUGGGUGUUGCCAAGGCAGAAAAUAAGCACCAGGCGAGGGCACCCACCUCUUACUCAGCAGCCAUUAUAUGCACCAAUGCGAUAUAUCUGUGAAAAGAUAUAAGAACAUGAUAGCUUUAAAUGUAUUUAAAUGUAACAUUAAAACGCAGGUCCUUUCAUACUGAGCAGUGCGCUUCUGUACCCGGGUCAGGUUGAUGAUUUCCUCUACUUCUGUAUAAUACAGAGAAUAUUGGGGAAGAAUUUCAGGUGCCCUUGACUAAAUAAAUUAAUAAAAUGAA